AGUUAAUCACAACAAAUGCUCCUUUAUUAGGGGCCAAAACAGUAAAUGCGAUAGUGGGGAUCAGAAAGGAGAUAGAAGAAUAGAGAGAGAGAAGAGGAAGGAUAUGGGAAUAGCUACCAACACAGGCGAGAUCCUCAGUGGUCUGGACGAUGGGGAUCCGUCUGUCGUGUCGGGGAAGUCUUCGAAGUUCUGGUUGACUCAGGGGUCCAAUUAUAGUCCACAGAGGAAAGAGGGGGGAACAAGUGUAACAAUGAAAGUCCAUUGUAAUUGCCCCGAGGGAACAGGUGAGUCCACAGAAACCACCAAAGCAAGACGAAUACAAUGAAGAAUAAGUCCAUUUGAAUCACUGAAGGGAAACAGGUCAUGUCAUUAGUGGUCAGACCACCAAUUUCCCCUCCUCCCUAUAGCAGGGGUCUCAGUCUCAGUCCUUGGGAGGAGGGUUCUCAUUCUUUGUUUGUCACAGUGGUAACAAGGCAGAAGAGGGGUCUUCAAUGAAGGACCCCGGGAGUCACCCCAAAAGUUCAUUUGGCUUAAGAACGGAGAUUAGAAGCAGGCCGCGCAUCAGGCUGUCCCGUGCUGGGUCCACGUCAGGUCUUUGCCAAGUCCUUGCCAAGUCCUUGCCAAGUUCUUGCCAGGUCUUGUUUGGAACAGCUAGCAUGACGGUUCAGUGGUUGCACCUGCACUGUGUCCUGUUCUAAGCCGGAACUGCAGUGGAGGAAGGGAUUCUUUCUCGUGGCAAUCGGAAGGCAGAAUGGAAAAUGAGGGGCUUCAGACGGGCUCUUACAGCUCCUUCUGCUGCCCUGAGCCCGCAGAGCAGGGCAGCGUUUGCUGAUGGUUUCAGCCAUUCCUAAAGACCCUGUCGGGCUGUCUUAGACACUUGGGGUGAGGAAUUCCUUCCAACCUGGGCCACUUUGGGUGGGCCAGGGGCGGCCCCAGGGUAGGGGGCAGUGUGUGCAUGGGCGCUUUGUGACACGGUGCAGCAUGGUCACCGUGUCAUGGAACAGGACAGCGUGUCCAAGGGCCCUUUGUGACACGGGGUGACAUAGGAGCUGGCGGUGACAAGAGCACGCCAGAGUGCUUGGAGCACGCGACGGGACAGGACGGGACAGAGCGGUGCCGUGAGGAGCCCCCGCACAGCGCACUCGUUCGUGUCUGACCCGGAGCUUUUCCCAGGCGUUAUUCCUGCAGCUGACCUCGAGGCCAGACCACAGGACUUGCUGACCUGUGGCCUUCCUGAGGCUUCUCUUCUGCAGGUGCCCUUGAGGGCAGACCGUGGGACUUGGUGCCCCGGAGGCAUCUCCCAUCCCUGCCACCGGUGCCCUCGAGGCCUGACCACAAUCAAUCCUUGACAGGAGUCUCCUGUCCUUGUGGCAGGAGCCCUCAAGACCAGAGUGCAGGACUUGCUGUCCUGUAGCCUUCCUGAGGCUUCUCUCUUGAAGGUGCCUUCCAGGCACGACUGCAGGACUCGCUGACUCGGAGCUUUUCCGAGGCAUCUCUCCUGCAACUCGCCACAAAUCCAGUCACUGCCAUGGAGCAGAGAUCCCUGAGAGGGCCCAAGCUGGCCUGGGUGCAGGAGGAGGAAGAAGGCCCUGGAGCUGCCCCAAUAGUGGAGAUCAAAGAGGUGUUGCGGUUCAAGACUCUACAGGAGGAUGCAGCUGUGGACCGCACACAAGAGCAGGACCCCGCCCAUGGCCUCUUCCGCAGAACAGUGGAGGUGCCCGCCAUGGUGAGGUACAUCCACCAGUGGCUCAUGGACAAUCAGUUUGCUGAGCAGAGGCUGAACAGGGCCCUGCUGGAUCUCACCGAAGAACAGCCUGGUGAUGUAGUAAUGACACUCCUGUGUGUGGCCCCAUCCUGUGACAGAGCUGCUUUCACCAUGUGGAAGAGCAUCAUGUGCUCGCCCAGGACUGCCGAGCCAGUGCAGCUGAUGCUCCUCGAUGUGCUGGGGAGUUGGCCAGAGCACAGCACGUUCACCUCUGAUGGGGACAAAACGGGUGUCUUUGUCCUGGCUGCAACUGUGGUGAUGUGGAAGAUCCUCCAGGUGCCCUGUGUCCCACAUACGGUGACGGUGUAUUUCCCCCACCUACUUGUGCAUCUGCUCUUCCAAGUGUUCUUCAGCACUCUGGAUAUGCCAGAGGAGGUCGAUACCUUCUGGAAGGGAUGCCAGCAGCAAUACGGCCUUGCCACCAGCCCCAACAGGUUUGCAGUGCGGACCCUGAAGUCCCUGCUCUGCCAAAUGGAGCACGAGGAUGUGGUGCUGGCAAUGGAACGCAAGCGUGGCUGGGACACGCUGCUGUGUGCUGACACCCACCACUAUGCCGUGGGUCUGCUGGCCAGGGAGAUAUCCCGUGUCUCCAUCCCCUUGUGCUCCCGGAUUGCUCGCUACCUGCUCCAGCUGCUCAACACACUGGAGCCACGCUGGGAGCUGCCCGCCCUGGCGUUCCUUGUGGAGGUCCUCGAGUGCCUGAACUUGAGUGGAGGCAGUGCUAACAGAGUCCUGCAAAUCUUGUCAAGGCACCUGCACAGCAAGUGCAGGGACAGGCGUCGCCUGGCGCUCAGGGCCCUUCUCAAGCUCAUUGACAAUCCCUCGACGAGUGAAAAAAUGGGGAGCCUGACUGAAAGUCUUGUGGAGCUCCUGUGCGACGCAGAUGGAGAGAUAGUUAGCAUGGCUGUCAUGCUCCUCAGCUUUAUCUCCCGGGACAAGGACAUGCUGAUAGGCAGCUCCAUUGCACUGCGGCUGGUUGAGGCGCUCCUGCCACUCUUUGACCACGACAAUAGCCAGGUGCAGCUGCUCUCCAUCCUGCUCUUCCAAACAUUGCUGUCUCUUCCACUGGGAAAGGACAAAAAGGCCCUGAAGACACACGUGCGCCAGAGCCUGCUGCCACUCUUCUUCCACUGCCAUGACGAGGAUGGGCGUGUGGCACAGGCUUCUCAGGAAACGCUGCUUUGUGUGGCCCAGUUCCUCAAGAGGAGGGAUCUGGAAAAAGUGGUGAAGAAGAAGAAGCUGUGGAAGUUCACCGAGUGCCUGCUGGCAGACGACAGCAGCAGAGCGGCCGAGCACCUGCGCCAGGCCAUGCCCUACCUGGAGAGCCCAGAGGAGCCCCUGCGAGAGGCGGCCAUCAGGUUCCUGGGGAUGGCCGGGCGGCAGCUGAGGGGGAAGAAGGAAGAGCUCCAGCUCAUCUGUGAGGCCCUUGAAGGCACGGCAAAUGACAUCAGCGUCGCCGUUGGAAGCCUGGCAAUUCAAACGUUGUACAUCCUCCAGGCAGUAGAGAGAGCUGGAUAUUCCCUCUUGGACAGCCUGCAUGAUCAGCUCCGCAGGGCAUGGAGGACACGGCCUCGUCUCUUGGGGCUCGGCUGGCUGCGCUGCCGGAGCUGUGCAGAGUGCUGAUCCCAGAGGCUCUGUCUGCUGGGGCCACCUGAGCCAGCAGGAGUGUUUAAUUUCUUCAAGAUUGUUCUUUCGUUCUUUUUGCUAUUCUGUAGGAUAUAAAUAUAGGAUGUGUUCUAAUA